AUGCUGACAAUACAAACAGCCAUCGCCUUCAACCUGAUGGCUCUGCUCUUCCUCACGCACCUCAUGAUGCCCCGAUCCCGCGUCUACACGAGCCCCUACUUCAAGCUCUCGCACUACAACCCCGGCACGGGUCUCUACGCAAUCGGUCGCUACGACUUUCACUUUGUCCUCUUCUUCGUCGUCCUCUUUACCGGUAUCCGCCACGCCGUCAUGGCCUUUGUGCUCAGCCCUCUUGCAGAGCGCUGCGGCAUUGAGAAGAGGCGCGACAGGGAACGCUUCUCCGAGCAGGUGUGGAACAUUAUCCACUACUCCAUUUUCUGGCCCUUGGGACUUUGCAUCUGGUACACCUCGCCUUACUACCUCAACAUGGCUGAGCUCUGGACCGACUGGCCCAACCGCGAAAUCUCGGGCACCAUGAAGUUCUACUUCCUGACACAGUCGGCUUUCUGGGCCCAGCAGCUGCUCGUGUCGCUCAUCGAGAAGCAGCGCAAGGACUACUGGAUGAUGAUGGUGCACCACCUCGUCACCAUUGCGUUGGUUGCCGCGGCGUACUCGUACCAUUUCACGCGCGUCGGCAACGUGACCAUGAUUAUCAUGGACGUCGUCGACAUUGUCUUUCCACUUGCUAAAUGCGCCCGAUAUCUCGGCUACAACCGCGUCUGCGACUGUCUCUUUGGCCUCUUCGUCGUCGUCUGGCUGGCCACCCGCCACGUCUUCUUCAGCAUGGUCCUCUACAGCGUCUACCACGACGCCCACAGCAUCGUCCCGCACGCCUGCUACCGGGGCUCCAUGUCCGACCUCCAAGGCCCGCUCCCGCAGCCCGAGGGAUGGUCCUGGAUGCUCGAGCCGUUCAGCCAGCCCCAGGGCAUCGUGUGUGUCAACAGCAACAUCCUCAACGGCUUCUUCGCCUACCUCGCCGUCCUGGAGGGCCUCAUGCUCAUCUGGGGCUACUCCAUCCUGCAGGUUGCCAUCCGCGUCCUCCGAGGGCACAACGCCAACGACGUCCGCAGCGAAGACGAAGAAGAAGAUAUCCCGCGUGAGCUGGAGGGCCUGAAUCCCGCCGACUACGAACACUUUGACGACUGGGGAAACACGCUCUACGAGCCCAAGGCCGACAGCAGCGGCGGCGCGGUCAAGGCGUGGGACUGCGGCAACAGGCUGUCGCUCGUGAGGGGAGGCAUCUCGAGCGGGCUGAGUGAGCAUAAGGAGCUUCUGAGCCGGAUUGGAUGA